AUGCUAGACAUGGAAGAAUUCAAGCAAUGGAAGGAGCAAAAGGAGAUUAAGAGACGUGAGGAACAGCAGAGGCAGGAGAGAGAGCGGCAGCACGAAAAGAACAUUACCCUCGCCGGUGGUGCGGUGAGGAAGGGAAGACCUCCCACCACCGGCCACUAUGUUGGCAGGCGGAGAACAGCAGCACAGAGAGCCACUGCGAGAAAUGUGCCUGCUGUCCCUAUAGAUACAGCAGAACCAAGGGAAGCAUCUGGCCCUGCCGCUGCCCCAGCAAGACAAGCACCGAGGGCAGCGGUUCCUGCACCUAUUGCCCCUCAGCGGGCUACAGCAACAGCAGCAAGCAUACAGAAGACAUCAAGCACCGGUAAACGUUCUGCCAACAAGGAGACAGUUGACGAAGCUCCACCGGUACACCGCAAGCCUCCACGCAAGAAACCAAUGGUCCAGGACUGUGUUACAGCAGAGGAUGAUGAUACCUCUUCUUCUUCUUAUGUCUCCGCUGAAGGUUCAAUUAGCGUGGGCACAGUGACUAAGGCCGCAACAUCUUCGGUGGGGGUGCCGGUGUCAGCUAGGCCACCCAUCCCUGUUGGGGCUGCAGUUUCCGUGGCUCAACCUGCUGCUGCACCUCAACUUGAGCGAGUUCCUGCCAAUGUUAUGACUAUCGCAAGUGAUGUUGCCACCUCCAAAACCUCCUUCCGCUGCUGCCCCUAUGGUGUCAAGACGCUUGAGAUUUACUCCGUACUGGUGGACAAAAAGCACGUCCAUUACCAAUUCACACUCGACUAUGAAGAGUUCCGCAAGAGAUGGAAGGGGAAGGAUGUAUGGUACCGCUUCCCAGGUAAGGGAAAACAGCAGAUACUGUUGGAUGACGAAAAGCGAUACCAUCAGUUCCUGACCAGGGUCAAGGAGAAUAACGAGGCCCCAACCAUGUGGGAGCAUUCUGAUGCUGACUUCCAUGAUGAUGAUGAUGAUGCCAGUUUCUAUUCAAAGCCACCACCACCACCACCACCACCACCACCACCACAGCCAUCAGUACUGGCCUCAACAGUUCCACUGAUACCUACUACUAGAAGGGUUAGCUUUGAUUCUUCUGUGACUAAAGAGAAAGAGGUCGGGAACAAUAAUGCCAUUCGUACACGAGCAGCUCGUACGGGGUCUCAACGCACCAAUGCUUCUGAUGUCACGACUACAGAGGCAGUGCUUAGUGACAAAGAGGUUGGGGUUGAGCCCGAGCCUCCAAAGAAACGGGGACCUGGAAGACCCAAGGGUUCGCUGAAUAAGAAGAAGAGCGAGACCGAGAAGCCCAAGAGGACAUAUGUUCGCAAGGUAGCCGGGACUGUUAAAGAGAAGACACCGGCCAAGGAGAAGGCAAAGAAAAGUACAAUGAGAACUCGGAGUCAAGAUGCGAUACAGAAAGAGAUUAUGAGUGGUGUCAUGAACCAGAACCAGUCAGAUGAGGUUAGAAGCUCUACUACUACCGGUGAAUGUGAUGAUACCUAUUUGCCUGUUCGUCCAUGGGAGGACAUGAGCUCUUCACAGGUGCCGCCGCCAUCUUGUGGACAGCCACUGCUUCGUGUAGCCACCCAGCAGAACGCACCAGAGCCUAUGCCCCUAUGUGCACAGCCCCGGUCAUCUGUGUUCACACAGAACUCGACACAGUCUUCAUUCAUGCCCACACAGCCUAACAACUCAGAGUCAUUCACAAGUACUGCACCGCCACGUCUGCUGCCCAGGAUGUUUACUCAAACCCAGACUAUAUAA